AUGAGCUUGACUAUUGUUGGACUGGGAUUGGGCGAUGUGGACGAUAUAUCACUAAAAGGCUACAAGGCGAUAAAGGAGGCCGAUUUAGUGUAUUUGGAGAUUUACACAUCCCUGCUGAUAGAUUCCGAUAAGAAAAAAUUGGAGGAGUUUUAUGGUAGAGAUAUAAUUGAGGCCGAUAGAAUCUGCGUUGAGGAACAAAAUGACCAAUUUUUAACAGAAUCUAAGACCAAAAAUGUAGUAAUUUUAAUCGGCGGCGACCCGUUCAGUGCCACUACACACACUGAGUUGUAUUAUAAAGCACUCGAGUUGGGAUUAAACGUCAAUGUAGUUCACAAUGCUAGUAUAAUAAACGCAGUUGCAAUCACCGGAUUUGGAGAAACUGUUUCAAUUCCAUUUUUUCAAGAUAAGUGGAGACCCACAAGCUUCCUCGAUAAGAUAGUAAGUAACUACAAAUCGAACCUGCACACACUGUGUCUUCUUGACAUAAAGGUCAAGGAACGCACCGAUGAGAACAUUUUGGCAAACAGAAUGAUAUUUGAGCCCCCAAGAUUCAUGAGUAUUAAUGUUGCAAUUGACCAACUGUUGGAGAUAGGUGCUGGAACACUGGACGUUGCAAGUUUAAAGGCCUUUGGUGUUGCUAGACUAGGAUCCCAGAACCAGGUGAUUAAGUCCGGUAUACUGAGGGACUUAAAAAACUACGAUUUCGGCCAACACCUGCACUCCCUGGUCAUCUGCGCUCCCAACUUACACGAACUGGAGCAGUCGUUCUACGAGCUAUCAUGUAUCAGUCACUAA